AUGCAAGACCGCCCGGACCCAGUAUCAGCAUGGCAAGCAGCCCUCGGACGCCUACAGCUCGAAAUACCCCAGGAGCAGUUCAACACUUUCCUGCGACCCUGCGCGGGGCUGCGGUGGGACAGCGAUUGCCUCGUGGUCGGAGCGGCCACCGCUUUCGCCGUUUCAUGGCUCGAAUUGCCAUUACAUCUCGAAAUGGUGCGGGAAGCGGUGGCCAAGGCGGCCGGCGUACAGUCGAACGUCCGCUACGAGGCGGCGCCGACCGCCCGGGACACGUCCCAAGAACCCACCGUCUCGGUGCAAUCGGUAGUUGCGGAACGGGCUGCUCAUCUGCGCACUGCGGUUGACCACCAAGGCGGCCAGUCGACACAGCAUUUCGGGUCAGCCGGGCACAGCUUGCCGUCACCCGGAACGGUAGGUCUGAACCCCCGCUACAGCUUCGACAACUUUGUAGUCGGGGAGAGCAACCAGUUGGCCUACCACGCCGCACGGGCCAUAGUCGGCGCGGGCCUGGAGGCCGCGCCGGGUUACAACCCGUUGCUGCUCUACGCCGGAUCCGGGAUGGGCAAAACCCACCUGUUGCACGCUAUCGGCAAUCUGGCCCUGCAGCAGGGUGUUGCGGUCCGGUACGUAACCUCCGAACAGUUCACCAACGAGUUCGUGUCGUCAAUCAACCGGAAGGCGAUGCCGGAAUUCCGGGAGCGCUACCGCGGCGUCGGCCUGCUCCUGCUGGACGAUGUGCAGUUCCUGGUGGGCAAAGAGCAGACACAGGAGACCCUGUUCCACACGUUCAACGACCUGCACCAGGCCGGGGCACAGAUCGUUUUGACCAGUGACCGGCCACCGGAAACCAUCGCGCCGCUGGAAGACCGGCUGCGCUCCCGUUUCCAAUGGGGCUUGGUGGCCGAUAUCCGGCCGCCGUCGCUGGAAACGCGACUGGCCAUGCUCCAUUCGUGGGCUACCGAUAGCGGCUCCGAGGUGCCUACUCCGGUUCUGGAUGUCAUCGCCCAGCGGGUCAGCCGCAACGUGCGCCAAUUGUUGGGCGCGUUCAAUCGGGUGGUGGCAACAUCACGGCUUCUGGGUGCGCCGUUGACCGCCGAAAGCGUCGCAACGCAGCUGGACGCCAUCGUCGGGCCGGACGCCCGCGCUGAAGUUACGGCCCAGCAGGUGCUGAGCAAAGCAGCGCAUCAUUACGGUCUCACGCCAGAACAGAUCCUGAGUCGCAACCGCACCGCGGCAGUGGCGCAAGCGCGUCAGGUGACGAUGUAUCUGCUGGUGAACGAACUCGGCAUGACACCCACCGGCGCCGGGCGGUUCCUGGCGGGCCGAAACCACAGCACGGUGAUUCAUGGCGUUGGCAGGAUACGGCAAGCUAUGCAGUCCGACAGUAGGAUCAGGCACGCAGUCGUGGCCAUAACCGAAUCACUGCUAAAGUAA